AUGAACAAAUAUACUUUAAGAUUUAAAGAUUAAGAGAUUGAAAAAAAAUAUUAAAAUCAUAAAGUUAAGGACAUUUAAUUUCCAACAUUAACAUACUUAACUUUAGGUGGUACUCCAUUAUUACUUAUAUAUGCAAUUACAAAUUUAAUAAACAUAGACUACACAAAUGCCUUAAUUAACGGAAUAUUCUUUGUCUACAUGCUUAUGUAAUAUCUUGUACUUCGUAAAAAUGAGUACAUAAGAGUUAAUUAUUGUGAUUUAGCUUUAAUGUUAACGAAUUUUGGUUCUUUAUACUAUGAAAUAUCGCCAAAAUAAUACGACUAUUAUAAUGGUUACAUCAUGGGAUCUAACUAAAUGUUAAUUCAUACAUUGUUAAUGUUUGCUUGUAAUUUAGAGAUUGGAGUUUUCAGUAAUUUAGUUCUUACUGUUGUAAGAGUGAUUUUAGCAGUAGAAAACUCUGAAAAUAUGUCACUUUUGCAAUAUUUGCAAACUGUUAUUAUGGCAUGUAGCUUUAUUAUUGUACAAUAUUAAAUUGAAAAAUAAUUUAGAGAUUCAUAUUUAUUAUCAUUAAAAGAUAAUACUUGGGGUAUUUUUAAUAUUAUAUUAAAGAAAUAUUAAUACCUUAAUUAUUAAAUAAGCCAUUUUUUAUUUUUGCUUUUAAUUAAGAAGUAAAUAUGUACUAAGCUAUCAUGAGUAAUUAAAAUUAGUUUUUUAAUUCUGAUUCUCCUUUAACUACUUUCUUAUUUUAAUCAAAAGUUAAGAAAAAAUCAUUGGAAGCUUAUUUAGUAAAGAAAUCAAAUCAGAAAGGAAAUUUUAGUAAGUUACCUUGUUUAUUUAAUUAAUAAGUGAAUUUAGAAUAUCAAUUAAAAAAAUUAUAGGUAUCUGUAAUAGGAUGUAAAUUUGAAAAAAUAAUAUAUGCUGUUAUUAUAGAUUCAGAAGAUCCACUUUUAAGAGAAUCAAAAAUAAAAUUUAAUCAAUCUUUAUAAUAAUGUAAAGAUAUUUUAAAUGCUUAAAUAUUAUAAAUAAAUAAAGUAUUAACUCUUUAUUUAUCAGAAACAUAUAGUUCUUUAAUUAGAAAUUUAAGAAUAUCUCUCUAUGAAAUCUAUUAUAAGUAGGUUGAUCAUAAAAAAGUUUAAUUAGUGAAAAUGAAGAAAUUAUUGAUAAAAUGUUAAAGGAUAUUUGAAACUCCUACAAAUAAAAUUAAGAUUGAUUGUUAAGAAUAAAUAAAAUUUGCAACUAUAAAAUCUACAUUAAUAAUAUUUAUAUUUGAAAUUUUAAAGUUGAUUGAAGGUAAUUAAUAAGUAUUUCUAUUGGUGAAUCAAAAUAUAACAACUAAAUUAUUUGUAUAUGGAUUAAAAGAUUUACCAAGAUCAGCACUUUUUGAAGAGAGCAAAAAGGUUUUAGUUGAAUAAACUAUGUAUACUGCAUAAUGUAAUAUAAUUUAAUAUAUCUAGAUUAUUCUUUUGAAUUUAUGAGAUCUCCAUAAUCUACUUUUAAUUAUGAAAAUUAAAUUAAAUAAGAAUCAAUAGCUUGA